AGUUGACUAUUCCUAACAACUUCUACUUGUUAGCUUUCAGAACUACCUUCUCGCUCGUACGAUAGUAGCAGGCCAACAGCUCACACCCAAAUUCCCCAACCCUAGCUUGCGUACCAGCCGCCUCCUGGACCAAUCCUCUCCUCCAUCUUCCUCCAGCUUGCCGAUGGUGGAGACGAUCCGGUGCCUACCAGGGCGAGUAUGCCUAGCGGAGGUGCCAUUCAAGCUCCUAUUCGUCUUGUCGCUGGCGGUCUGGCUGCCCAAGCGGACCUCGCCCUGUCCUAAGCGAACAAGAACUGGAUGGUACUCUGCUCCGGCUACCAGAGGUCGACCUCGCCCCAUCCUUUUUUCUACCCCAAGCCGCCAUUCUCCACAUGUCGCCACCCACCCCACCGAAGCCGGAGAAGAAAACUCCAAUCUGAAGGAAGUCUAUGCAUGGCUGUGCAAGCUUUCACCCCCUCUGGAUCUGGAGCCUAUGUUCAUAUUUUCUCAAGGUCAGUUGCGGCAAAUGGCUAAAAGUGCUAUCUGGUCCUUCUAUAUGUUUGAGGAAUUUCAUCCUAAGUUUGACAUCUAGGUUAUGUAUCCUGGGUUGGAGCGGCGAACGAAGCUGGACAUAAUGACCGCCUCUCUUCUCAAAAUGUGUUGUUUGCAAUUCGUACAUGUUUCUAACGUACUUGCAUUUAUCUUCUCUGCUUAACUAGGUGGAUUGAGCCGAUGAAGGGUAUAUAGAGUUCAUGGAGGUUGCCAUAUAUUCCAACAGAUGAAGCUCGAGUAGCAACAAUCACUAAAAUAGGAGGCAAAAUGAUAGAUCUUGUUUGGCAUGUACCAUCAGGUCCUACUCGGUCUUCAUGCAAAUGUACUAAAAAUUAUCAAUGUAUGCCUCUUUUGUGUUGUGUUCUCAUGGACUCAAAUACUCGAAUGCUUGUUGAGCACCGAUAACUUCGGUCCUUUAUUUUCUCAUGCACUCAGACGCUUCCAAUUUGACAUGCAAGAUGUACAAAGUUCUGCCUGAUCUGGGAUGGCUUAAUUUCCUCA